AUGUAUGGUGCAAACGCUGGUGAUAUCGACGUGCCUGAUAGACCUUUCGACGAACAGCUAGAGCGUUCCUUACCGACUUCUGAAGUUCUUAUCAGCGCUGAUUACGUGCCUUUAUCUCUCGCGUGGCCCGUGCGUCUUGCUCACAAGCUCAUCUCCAGCAACUUCAUCCUCACUGCUUCGGCUCAAGACAAACAACUCGCUCUCUCGACUGUUCAGUGGGCUGAUAGCUCGCUGUGCCUGAGAGAAUGCCCCCCUCUGUCUGGUAUGUCUGAUAGCUCGGACGCCGAGACCGCUCGCCCUGCCAUGCCCCUUCCUCUGCCCGGAAGUCCUGGCUCAUCGUGGGCUGUAUAUCGGGAAAAAUUCAAAACGCUUUUCCAUGACGCAGACCCGCGGGUUUGCGCUGCCUUCUGGUUCUUCGGCUUAAUCAAUAAUGUCCUCUACGUGAUCAUCCUCUCGGCAGCGCUGGAUCUCGUCGGUUCUGGUUUCCCAAAAGGCGUCGUCCUCCUAGCCGACGUCGUACCAUCCUUCGUGACAAAAUUGACCGCGCCUUACUUUAUCCAUCUCGUCCCGUACCCGAUACGCGUUUUAAUAUUCGUGGCUCUCUCCGUAUGUGGCAUGCUCAUUAUCGCUCUCACGCCCGCUCAUAACGAUGGCGGAUCGAUUUCCACAAAACUAGCAGGCAUAGUCCUUGCCAGUCUUUCGAGCGGCGCUGGUGAGCUCAGCUUCCUGGGUCUGACCCAUUUCUACGGCAGAUUUAGUCUCGCUUCUUGGAGCAGUGGUACGGGUGCAGCUGGGUUGGUUGGUGCAGGUGCUUAUGCUGUUGCCACGACUUCGCUAGGCCUUAGUGUGAGAUUUACGCUGUUGGCAUCGGCAUGUUUACCGGCGAUUAUGCUCGUGAGUUUUUUUGUGAUUCUGCCUCUGGGUCCAUUGAGCCUUGCAGCUCGUGAAGCAACACAGUAUCGGGCUAUAGAUGACGACCAUGAUGAAGAGUAUGAGGCGCGUCAUGGAACUCGAGAGGAUGAGACGAACGAGCAAGAUGGCCUCCUGGGUCCGGAACAUAGCAGGCCUUAUGCGAAGGCUGCUGAGCGUGGAAAAGUCUCGCGAGCGUGGGCGUCAUUUCAGGAAAAUCUGAAUCGCUCUAAGGGGUUGUUUUUCCCAUUCAUGCUCCCCCUUCUUCUGGUCUACGUUGCCGAAUAUACUAUCAACCAGGGGGUAACCCCCACGCUCCUGUUCCCUCUAAAAGAAACGCCAUUCGACCAAUAUCGCGCAUUCUACCCAGCCUACAACGCUAUCUACCAAGCCGGAGUCUUUAUCUCCCGCUCAUCCUCGCCAUUCUUCCGAAUCCAUCACCUCUACUUACCAUCCUUUCUCCAGAUAGCAAACCUGGCAGUUUUGACACUGCACGCUCUUUUUAACUUCAUCCCGACCGUGUAUAUCAUAUUUUUCAUCAUAUUUUGGGAAGGCUUGCUCGGUGGAUUGGUUUAUGUGAACACCUUCGCAGAAAUUGCGGAUCGAGUACCCGCCAAAGAUCGAGAGUUCUCUUUGGCUGCGACGACUGUGAGCGAUUCGGGGGGAAUCUGCAUUGCUGGAUUCCUGGGUAUGGCGUUUGAAGUGUGGUUGUGUCGUUGGCAGGUUUCUCAGGGGAGGAAGUACUGUACGAUGUCUUAA